AUGGGUGACAAGCUGGGAGAUAGAGAUACAACCAAGAAGCAGCAACCACCACCGCCGCCACCACAGCAACAAAUUUCGUCUUCUCCCAAAGACCCACUUGAGGAAUCGACAGAAACAAGACAACAACGCCAUCACUCGCCGCCGAUCGUGGCUCCAUUCUAUGUUCCGCCGAGUGAGCAGCAAUUUGAGGCUGUGAAUCCAAAGAGGCCUAGGUAUACUGGGCAGUGGAAGCUUUUGCCAUCUCCGACAACAACAACGCAACAAAAACAGCAGACCCAGUUGGGCGAAUCAAGCCCAACCAACCCACAAACGACCCAACAAUCCCACACCGCAGCCGCUUCUUCCUCGGAGACAGCCUCAUUGCCAUCCCACUCGCCUCUGCCUUCUCUUUCCGCCGCAUCUGGGCAGGACACCAACAAGCCGGAGGGAGAGCUGCAUGCUCACCACCAAAUCAGAAAAGGGAAAUAUGUGAGCCCGGUUUGGAAACCAAACGAGAUGCUGUGGUUAGCUAGAGCCUGGAGGAUCCAACACCAAGGCGGGUCGGACGGGUCGGGUUCAUCCUCGAGAGCAGAUCAAUUGGAGAUCAGCGGGCAGACAAGAGGGAAAACUAGAGCCGACAAAGAUAGAGACGUUGCCGAUUUUCUUCAAACACAUGGCGUUAAUAGGGAUGCGAAAACUGCCGGGACUAAGUGGGAUAACAUGUUGGGAGAAUUCAGGAAGGUUUACGAGUGGGAGAGAGGCGGUGAGAGAGAGCAGGUCGGCAAGAGUUACUUCAGGCUCUCUCCUUACGAGAGGAAGCUCCAUAGAUUGCCGGCUUCGUUUGAUGAACAAGUCUUUGAAGAGCUUUCGCAGUUCAUUGGGUCUAAAAUGAGAACAUCUCAGAGUAGAGGAAGUUCCGGAAUCCUCGCUGGAGCUCUGCCUCCUCCACCCGCGCCAUUCAAAGAAGAUGAUCAUCAGUUCCCUCUUUCAGCUCGGGCAAAACAAGUGGUUAUAGCGGGUGGAAGUGAAGCUUUAUUCCACGGUGGCAGAGGGGGGUUACUAGGGUUUGAGUCGCCUCUAGACAUUAUCGGAGGAUCGUCGACUUCAUCUUCAAAAGAGCUCCGUCGGAUUGGAAAGAUACGGAUGACGUGGGAAGAAUCAGUGAGCUUGUGGGCUGAAGAAGGCGAGCACCAUAGAGGGAGAGUGAAGCUCCAAGGCUCAAGCUUUUUGAGUGCAGAUGAGCUCACUUUCUUCGACGAUUCCAUGGUCCCUUGCACCAUGGAAGCCUUCGAAGAUGGCCCUAUCAAAGGCUUCUCGGUUGAUAAAUUCGUUUCUGGUCAACAAGUCAAAGUCUUUGGUAGAAGAAAGUCUUCUUCUUCUGAGAGACUCCUCCACCUUCCCUUUACCGAACCCUUCACAAGAUCAAUUCCUCCAUGGGAAUUUCAAGACCCAACUGAGUACUACGUAGGAUGCCUGCGAGUUCCACCACAAACACUUCCAAGCCUUUUUGAGCUCUCAUGGCAUAUACAAGAGCCACCGCCGGAAGAAUUGCGUUUUCCACUGCGAAGAGACGUUUACAGGGACUUGCCUCAAGAGAAGGAGCUCUUCUUUACAACCUCCUCCGAAUUCCUAGACUGUAGAGCCAUCACCUACGAUAUUCUAAGCCCCAUAAUCCGAGCUAACAACCCUAGCACCGCCACAAGUAGAGACUCGUUUAUUGGCCUUUGGGAUGAUUGCAUUAACAGGAUUGUUUCCAAAUUUUGCUCCGUUGAAAUGGUUGUCAUAAGAAAACCCUCUUCAUCAACGGCUGAGAUUUUGCAGGAUCAAUGGCCGAACGUGACGGGUUUUGUCAGGAACUUUUGCGUGUGGAGAGGAGAGGAGAUUGAUCAAUCAAGAGAGGGAUCUCUCGACCCAUCAUCUUCAAUUGCGGAAAAGCUUUUGUGGACGUAUGCUGAUCUUCCUUACAUCUUGGGCUACUACGCUGUUGGGUGUUUGAUAACUUUUUGUGCAUUAAGCCGGGCGCAGGACCGGAUUAUCCGGACGGAUUUGUGCUCACUGGACUUAUCUUCUCCGGUGGAGAGACUCAAAGCGUUAGUCCCGUGUUACAGGAUCGCCGGCUUAUUGCAGUUGCUAGCCGACCGGUGCUUCAACAAUAUGAAGAAUAAUGGUGGGAAUUACAAGCUGUUUGCAUAUAGCGAUUUUGAGAGGGUUGAUAUGGGAAAUGGAAAUGUCAUGGAAAUGACGCCGAAUGCGGUGACUAGAAUCUUCUCGAGCAAAAGAAAAUGGGCUGCGGUUAAGGAGAUAUACGACUAUCUUGAUCACCGGAUCCCACAUGCGGAAUCCAUUUUGCGAUCGUCGGAGAGGGAUCUGGCGUUGGUGUUCAAGCCUAGAGGGUACAAAAUGAAGCCUGCAAAUUGCGAGCAACUGGUGGAGGCUCUCAAGUACGUGACAAAGGCGUUGGUGGCGCUGCACGACGUAUCUUUCAUGCACAGAGGGUUGGGGUGGGAGAAGGUGAUGCGGCGAAACGACAGGGAGAACGAGUGGUUCGUGUGCGGGUUCGAGGAUGCGGUGGGGGCACCGCAAAUAUACCCUCAUGGGGUGGUGGCGGCGCGUGGGGGACAAGCGCCGGAGAUGGGAAGGGGAUUGCAUGGGGUGAAAGUGGACGUGUGGGGUGUGGGGUAUUUGGUAAAAACAAGUGGGUUGGCUGGGGUCCCAAAGAUGCUGAGGGAGCUUCAGAACCGGUGCUUGGAGCAGAACCCAGAGCAGAGGCCAACUGCAGCCGACUGCUAUCACCACCUGCUUCAGCUGCAGUCAUCUCUGUCAGCUGGAGGGUACUGAUCUGAUUGAUAUGGGAAGAACUAAUAAAUGGGGGAUUCGGAUCUUUUUUAUUUUUUAUUUUUAUUUUUCAUUUUCUUUUGUGUGUGCAUCGCCUUGGAGUUGGAGAGAGCCUUCUUUUAAUUUUUGAUACCUUAAAAACGGAUCCAGGGGUCUGAGAUAUUUGGGGGAGAAAUGGCGGCGGAUGUCGGGUAAAGUGGGUUCUAGAUUUGGUAGAUUUGUAGGGUUUGUUCCAUCAUGUCAAAUCACAACUUAAUUGAUUGGUGUGCAAGUCAAACAGUGCUUUCUGUUUUCUACUGUACAUCAUCCCCGCAUCUCGUUUAUUGUAUGCAGUUCAUUACCCUAGGU